AUGAAAUCCUGGCUUCCCAUCCCGCCCCGGUCGCACUUUUCGCUACUAAACAUACCAUUUGGGGUGAUUUCCAGCAAAGACAAGCAUUCACACAGGCUCGCCAUCGCCAUCGGGAACCAUGUUCUCGACCUUGAUGCUUUUUCUGCGGGUGGAGGCUUCAACAAAGCAGCAAACGUGUCUUCUGAGCAUGCGAAAGUGUUCUCACAGCCCACCCUGAACGCCUUUGCCGAGCUUGGGAGACCCGUGCAUCGCGCCGUCCGCUCAUACCUGCAGGAGGUGUUUCUCAACGACACACCCCAUCCAGACGUCCUGAAGGACAAUGAUGCCCUCAAAAACGCUGCUUUGCGACCCAUUUCAGAGGUUUCUAUGCACCUUCCUUUCGCAAUCGGAGAUUAUACAGACUUCUUUGCCGGCAGAAAUCAUGCCCACAACGUUGGCGUUCUUUUCCGCGGACCAGCCAAUGCGCUCCAACCGAACUACAGCCAUUUGCCUGUUGCCUAUCACGGUCGUGCUAGUUCUGUCGUUGUCUCUGGAACACCUCUCCGGCGACCGUGGGGACAGGCGCUGCCGGCCCCGGGCGCGACCGAGCCUAUUUUCCGGCCAUGUGCGCGUCUCGACAUUGAACUCGAAAUGGGUAUGUUCAUAAGCAAGCCAAACAAUCUUGGCACUCCGAUAUCUGUGGAAGAUGCCGAUGAGCACAUUUUUGGCUACGUCUUGAUGAAUGACUGGAGUGCAAGGGAUAUCCAGCAAUGGGAAUAUGUGCCGCUUGGCCCGUUCAACGCGAAGAACUUUGGAACGACGAUCAGCGCCUGGGUUGUACUUGCGGAUGCACUUGAGCCUUUCAGAACGAGAGGGCUAGAAAACGAGGUCCAGCUGCAGAAGUAUCUUCAGGAUAAUCGACCAGACAAUGUUCUUGAUAUCAGGUUGGAGGUCUCUCUUUCUCGAGGCGAGGAAACAACAAUCACUCGCACAUCUGCCAAGAACCUUCUCUGGUCAUGGCCGCAGAUGGUGGCUCAUCACUCAAUCUCUGGUUGUAACCUCCGUCCUGGAGACCUUCUCGGAUCUGGUACCAUCUCAGGAGCCGAGGCAGGUACGCAGGGAAGUUUAUUGGAACAGUCUCAAGGUGGUAAAACUCCAAUCAAGUUGGAUGGUGGGCAAGAGCGAAAGUUUAUUCAGGAUGGUGAUAAAGUAGUUAUUCGAGGCUGGGCUGGCGAUCAGGAUGGUCAGCUGGUUGGGUUCGGAGAAUGUGUCGGCCAAAUACUGCCUCCAAUUUCGCUAUAG